AUGUUCUUAGAAACUGAUCAAUUUCAAUACUACUCUAUGUCAAAUAAAGAGUUUUUCCUCGUCAAAGAAGAAGAAAAAGGGAUCAAAGUCGAGAGUUCAUCGCAACCUAAGCUGGAAAAUCAAGAUUCUUCUCAAGAGCAUGAUACAGAAAAGGAACAAGAAAAAGAUUGUAUGGCCUCAAUUUCUUCAUCAAGAGAAGAAUCAGAAAAUCCAUGUUUAGAGCAAUCCCAAGUAGCAGAAUCUGACGAUGGAUUCAAAACUCCGACAUCUUUGGAUCACAAAAUCCCAGUGAUGGAACAGUGCCCACCAGCACCCAGGAAAACCAGGCCACAACCCUCAACUUCAACAAAAAGAAAAGCAUCCCCAGGAACCCUCCAAUUUGAUAUCUCUACAGCAGUUGAAUCGAUGUUUACUGCAAUUUCUCACGGCGACGAUGAUGUAGACCAGAAAAAGAAGAAACCUCGACAAGAUGAUGAAGAUUGA